AUGCAAAACCACUCCGAGUGUCCGGUGUGCAAGGCCGGCAUCAGCGAGGAGAACGUCAUCCCCGUGUACGCUCGAGGAGCUGAAGCUGUGGACCCACGCGGCAUCCCCCACCGCCCUCGUGGGCAACGUCCUGAUGCCGAGCAGCUCCGACAAAGGCGCCCCUACAGUUUCGGGCUGUUCAAUAGAAAUGGAAACGGCAACGCGAUGUCGCCGACCAUGGGGUUCUUCCCUGCGCUCUUCGGUGUGCCAUACCAACCGCCACCUCCCGUCGCGCACCACCCAGACGGGUCACCGCUGACAGCGCAGGAAGCUCGUCAGCAGGUGCAGCAGGCCUUCCUGUCUCGCUUUCUACUGAUCGUCGGCAGCCUCGUCAUCCUCUGCCUCAUCACGUUCUAA